UUAAUAUUACUACUUGUAGUUGUAGUUGUGGUGACCAACUCUCAAUCAUUAAGAGAUAAUAAUCCAGACUAUUGUAUUAGAGAGAGUGUUAGAGAAUCAUGUACAGUAACAAAUCCAGCUCCAUUCGAUAAAGUAGAUGAUAUAGAUAUAAUAGAUGUAUAUCAUCUAGAGGCUCCAAUAUUUGAAUCAGUCUAUGGUGAUUUCUUUGGAAGAUUACAUGGAUUCCAUUCUGCAAUUGGUUUCUUUGACAGGACUACUGGAAACAACUACACAGCAGAGUAUGAUGCUUUCUAUGAAGUUGGUAAUGGUACAUUCCCAAAUAUAAUAGAAGUCAAUGGUACCAAAGAGAUCAUAUGGUGUAAUGCUGGAAAUGUAUGCUCAUAUCCAUUCAUCAACACUUCAUAUUGGAGUCCAGAAGUGUUCCAUACAGCUUCAAUGACCUUGAUGACAAGGAUCAAUGGAAGUGUAUUCAAUAAGUUCAAUCAAUGGAUGAUCAGCUAUAAUACAACAAACGCAAUAUAUCAAACAUGGGAUGUUUGGACCGCCUUUGGAAAGAAUCACUUUGUUGGCUCCAAUACUUGUGAUGACUUUGUUGUCCAAGGUCUUCAAUUCCUUGCCACCCAAGGUGCUGUAUAUAAUUGCUCUACUCUAUUCAAGAGGGACUACCUUAAUGUUUACUCUGAUAAGCCAGUACCAGUGGACUUUGAAUUGGAAAAGAAUGAUAUUAUGAAGUAUUAUGAAGCAUUAUACUUCUUCAAAGGUCAAUCAAUCAUAGAGAUAAUCGAACAACUAUUCUCUGUGGUUGAACUCAAGAAGUAUAUCUACAUCCAAGGAAGCUAUUAUCAUCUGAAUCUCAGAUUCCCCUAUGUAGACAUCCGUUAUGAAUUGGCACCAGUCCCCAAUUGCCCCUUUCCAUAUCCCUACGUUCGUGUAGGUGGAGACGAA